GCGUGAAAUAGUUUCUUUUAUAGUCUGCCAGACUGGUUCCAGCGGACAUGUAAUCAGGCCUAAUCUACACCAAAUCUCGCAAGUCGCUAAAACGAAUAAUGACUCUCGAGUGCCUUGAAUUAUUGGAUUCAGCUGGACGAAGACCCAUAAAUGGACACGGACUGACUUAAACGUGCGUCAAUAGCUGACCCUAUAAAAUAAGGAAUGCGAGCUUAACUUUCUCCAGUUUCCAUCAUCAUCAACUUAUUAAAAAUGAUCGUCCAGUUUUGCCUCACAUAUUUCGUACUUUCGAUUUCAAGUUAAGUCCACUAUCUGGCGGAUCAAGCACAAAAAGCUGUUAACUUUACUCGUAACGCUUUUUAUGUUGUGCAAAUAUAUUUACUUUGUAUUAUCUUUAUUAGAAAGGUUUGCUAACACCCGAAAUCCGACGGUUACUGUCCUUUAUAGUUAUUGCAAUACAUUGUGCUUUCAAUACGUCACACAUGCGUUAGUAGCUCGUGACACCUCCAGCUAUCAAAAAUAACUUAUUGUCUUAGACGAACCUGGAUAUUCAGCGAUCAAAAUAUGCGUUAGUAGCUCGAUACUCCUUCAGCUAUCAAAAUACCUUAAACGAAACUGGAUAUUCAGCGAUCAAAAUGAAAGUCUUUCUGGGUGGUUCAAAUACCCGGCACUAACCUGCAUAUUUGUAUAGAGCAGUAGAGAUAGGACUCGUUCGUUUUUACCGCCCACUUUCAUUGACGACCGUUCUUCUGAAAAUGACUGUCGUCUGGUUUCGGAAUAAAAAUUGAAUUCUCCAAGCCGAAUAAGCUAGGAAUACGAAACACAUAUUACCAAGUAAUUUCUGUAAUUUGUCUUUACACGUUCAACCCAGCAUAAUUUUAUUGUUUGUAAGCUUCAAACAGUUCUUUCGUUGGCUUCUCACUUUUGUAAACUAGAUCAUUCAAUACAAAUAAUCAGUAAACCAAUUUAAAUUCAGAAUGCUUGUGUAUGGCGAAAAUAAAUAUCAUGCAAUAUUGCUCAGCUAAUUGUGCUAGAUUCUCUAAUGUUCAUAUUUCUUUUGUCAUAUUCACUGCAUAUUUAUCCAACAGCAGAAUAAACGAAUGAAACUUGAUAGUAUUUGUCUCUCUUGAUUCCUGCAUAUAUAUAUCAAUUGUGAUUUUUGACCUCUUUUGAAGCCUUUCGUAUUAUCGAAUGCUAGUCAUUGUCAAGUCUGUGUCCCGUGCAAAUCUUUACGUCAAAUUCAUUUCGUAAUUUGUUCUGUAAAAACGUAUCAAUUGGCAACCUAUACCGGAAUAAAUUUUGACACCGCAACCCUAUACAUGAACCUGUCAUAAUCACUAACUGAUUUUUGGAAAUAUCGUCGCUAUACCGUAUCUUUGUCGUAUGUAUCGUUUGAAUUUUACUGGUAUAUUUUUAUUAUUUUAUGUAUAUUGUCGUAUAAUAACGCAGCAUUUGUAAACUGCUCUUAUACUUGGGGAAGGUACACCUCACACAACAUAUAUAUUUUAUAUGAACUGAGUGAGCAUAAUUACGGCGGCUGAUGAGAUGAUUGAACUGUUAACUGUUUUCUAAAGAUGUCGUAAUACCUAUGGUUGUAUGGGUGAUAUGAAACAAUUUUGAUGGCUAAUGAUUCUACUGAUUGAGAAACGCAUUGGGAAAAACAGACAAUCCCUUAGUUUUAUUAACUUUUUUGAAUCAAUUUGGUCAAGUCUAUCUAUUACAAUGGAUAUUGUAUCGCCAGACAAAGGUGAAGUUAUGCCACCUGGAACACCAAAACUCAUCACACCUGAACCAUCUGUUCAUGAACCUUCAAUGUUUUAUCCGAGACCUUCCUCAGAACGUGCUCAGGAUGUUUCCCAUAUUUUGGCAAGUACAUUUCAAGAUCUGUAUACUAGGGAUGUUCUGGGGAAAGACAUUGUUCGAAAUCUUACAACAUCAAGUGACGGGAGUAGUAAGUUUCACCAAAAAUGCACGAAACAAUUAAAAGAGGCUCAUGAAGAACACAAGAGAAGACUUGAACAAUACGCAAUGUUAGAACAACACAUCAUACAAGCAAGAGCGAGAGCAACAUCCGCAGAUGAACGAGCACUUCUUCAUGCAGCAAAUGAUUCGACUCCACAAAUUUAUAGAGAUUUAGGAUUGCCACCAGUGAAAUCUAAUUUUCGAUGGUGCCUGGAUGAAGACAUGUUCAGAAAACACAAUUUGAUUGUUCCAAGUGAUUUAUCGCCAAAACCAAAGUCAUUGGUUGAUGGUCCAAAACCAACAUCGCAACCACAUUUUGCAAUUCAAACAUUGUCAUCAUCUAUGCAUCUUUUGAGAGGACCUGUAGAUGAUGGGUAUACAAGUAAAGAAGAACUUCUGGCAGUUGAAGAGCUUCAACUAAAAGAUGAAGAACAAACGCAGACAACAUUAUCUACAAGUUCAGAUGUUUUAACAAGUAGUCCACCUCGUACUUUGAUCAGAGCACACAAAAAAAGUAAAAAUAAUGACGGAAGAGAAAAAAGAGAUAAAUUGCAUGAAGAUAUGAAUCAUGAUCAAAGAGUUAUCGAUCGGGCUGACCUUGCAAGGAUGGAAGAACGACAUAAUUUUCUGAAGAAUCCUCGUUAUCUACCCCUUACUGUCCCGAAAGCUUCAAAACUCCUUGUUAAAGAACAACCUAAACAAUUAGUCAUCAGAUCUGGUAGAGCUGUAAUGGAAGAAACAAUUACGAAAGAGCCUGUUCAAAUUUUCAUGUCAAAACCAAAUGUUGUAUUAUUUUCAGAAUGGAGAGUUGGAAGAGUUUAUGAGGCUGUUCUUGAAUUGAAAAACAUCAGCACAGUUUGCCGACAAUUACGAGUUAUUCCUCCAACUACUUCAUUUUUCUCCUUCGGAUUGGGUAAAUACCCGGGAGUUCAUGGAUUAGUAGCGCCUGGUAUGAGCGCUCAAUUCAAUGUGCGAUUUAUGCCUGAUUCACUUGCUAAUUAUGAAGAUUAUGUAUUGGUACAGUCACAAUCGGAAGAACCGCUCACAGUUUUAUUGAAAGCAGAAAGGAAAGCUCCAUUCUUAACAAUAUCUCAAAAUCUACGAUGCGGCCAAUGUCUAGUCGGUGGAACAAAAGUUGAAGAAAUUAUUGUGAAAAAUCGAGGUGGAAAUGGAAGAUUUUGUAUUUUGAAAAAAGAAUCGUGGCCUGCUGCUAAUUUCAAAACUGUUGUGAGUCCUGGUUCACUAGAUGUUGGUGUUUUCCGAAUACAACCGGCUGUAUUUGAGUUACUGUCUGGUCAAACAAUGGUUCUCGAGCUUGUAUUCUCUCCAGUAGACACAGAAAACUACAAAGAAAAUCUUGUAAUAGUUUGUGAUAAUUGUCAGGUUCAGGAUCUUACCAUUGAUGGUGAAGGACAAGCUGCUGCAGUAGAAUUAGUUAGUGUAUCAGAUGGUGGUGAAGACUCCCCGAAACUUGGGGAAAUUUCAGAUGUUACUGCUGAUCAUCUAAUUAGGUUUCCGCCACUCAACCCCCAUUCUUUUUAUAUGAAACAACUCUUGGUACACAACUCAAUUAAUGUUGAAAUGCCUUACACAUGGCAUAUUCUGAAACCGAAUCUACAGACAUCGUUGCGACCUGAUGAACAAAACUUAAUCAAUCAUUUUGAAUUUUAUCCUGAUGAAGCACCUGCAUACUUCAUCGAACCACAGAGAGGAACAUUACAGCCUAAUGGAAUUCAUGAGUUUGUUGUGACUUUUGCCCCUCAUAUUGUUGGAAAUUACCAGAAUGUAUUACAUCUUGUUUUGAGUAACAUACCUGAAUCAUCUGCCAGCCAACAAAAUCAAGCAAGGAAAGAUAAUUUGCAUAAUGUAGCUCAGGAGUCAAUUCCAUCACAACAUGCUGGACGAAAAUAUCCUUUACCUUCAAAUUUGACGACACAUUCAAAAAGUUCUUCAACAAAUGAAAUACCUAGAAAGGACAGCCCUACUAAACUUAGUAAUAACUUGACAAAUGCUACGAACAUAGCGGUAAAAUCAAAUCAAAACCAAUUUCGAGAAGUUAUUGCUAUGGAGAUAGAAUUGAAAGGAGACAGCAUUCCCUAUUCUGUAUUGGUUCAUCCUCCUGCUAUUAUUGUACCUGGCUCGAUGUUGGAGGGUACUACGGUGAAAAGGCCAUUCAAGAUGGCAAAUUAUAGUCUUGCUCCAGUUCAGUACAGAUGGACAUCACAAUCACAACCUGAUAUCCUUGAAGUUGAGCCUCCCAUGGGUAUGAUUGACCCCGGUGAUUAUACUGAACUUGAAGUUAGCAUUACUGGAUCCAAGCCAGGUCCAUUAUCAUGUGACCUACAAUGCAAGAUUGAUCAUCUUGAUCAACCCAUUCAUUUGAAUAUCCAGGCAAAUAUUGAUGGCCCAAAAGUUGUCAUUAUGAACCCAAUGGUUGAUUUUGGCCUCGUGCGACUAGGAGAUACUGUUGUAAGAAAAGUUACAUUUCGGAACACAACUCAGCUACCAGCAAUAUGGGAAUUUUCUGAAUCUGAGCAUUUUUUCAAAGCUGCAGGAUUAGAGAAGUCGGAGUUAGAUAUCACUCCUGAUUUUGGUGAAUUGAGUCCUCUAGGAAAAGUUGAUGUUAAAAUCACCUAUACACCAACGAAAACACAGCAAUUGUCAACCGUGCUUGAUCUGGAUAUAAAAGACGGAAAAUCAUCCAAUCUUGCUGUAACUGCUGAUGUCCAAACUCCAAAGGCAUGUUUUUUGGAAUGUGAAGUGAUAUGCAAGAAUGCUUUUUUAUCUGUACCUCAAGUACAGAAUGCAUUUCUUCUCAAUCAGACGAGUUUGUCAGCAAAAUUUAAAUUCGGGAAAUUGUUAGGAAAGCAAGCAGAGAACUGCAUGGUUACAAUCCAUCCUAGUGAAGGAAUUCUUGCACCUAGAGAAAAGCUAGAAAUUCAGAUAACAUUUGCAAGUCAUAUUGAAGGAGAAAUAUCAAGUCUCGUGGUACCUUGUUAUGUUGAAGGAAUGAACAAACCAAUUGUCAUGGGAUUUUACGCAAACGUUAAACCCCUAUCCGUGGUGUAUUCAACUCCUGAUUCUGAAUGUGAAGAGUUGAAAGUCAAGUUUAAAGAUCCUGUACCGAUUGGUUCAGUUGCACGAAGAAAACUAACCAUUGAGAAUACGACAGCUAUCCGAGCACCAUGGUCUGUUUCUGUGAAAAAUUUUGCAGCUAAACCUCCAGUUCCUCCAACAAGUAAAUUUGAUUUUAAAAGUGCAAAUACAAGAAGAAUGAUGUUGGGUAGAACUCCUAAUCUAGCAGACCCUAUGGCUAAAACCAAGAAGCAGGCAUAUAAAGACCACUGCAAUCUAAUGUUGAGUGCAGGGCAUGGAGCUGCUUUUGUCGUUUUACCAUCAUUUGGAUUCCUUGAACCUUUUCAAACCCAAGUUAUUGAAAUUGAAUGCUAUUCUAAUAUGUGGGGGAAAUAUUUGGAUGUUGUUGAAUGUGAUAUUGAAGGCUUGCUUUUGAAACACAUUCCACUGGAACUGGAUGUGACUGGUUGUCCUCUGCAGUUUCAAGUUGUGGCUGGCCAGGAAAAUAAGAUGGCAGUUGUGCGAUUUGGCACUCAUAUCAAUGAUGGUCCACAAGUACAGAGGAAAGUCAAGGUCAACAACACCAGUCCUGUUGACAUCAGAGUCGAUUGGUGUGUAUUAAAUACUGCAGAACUUGAUGAUAGGAAGUUGUUAGAUUUAAAUGUUUGGUAUGGAUCUGCAUUUCCAAGAAGAGAUUCUGAUGGAAAUGAAAUCACACCUCAACAAUACGAACCAAAGCAAUCUGCCGAAAUCCGUCAUACAAAUGAAAUGUACUAUAAUGAUUCACCAGAGUCUGGUCUGACGGAACGAUCUAAUUUGACCGAAGGUUCUUCCUUGUCUUAUGAUAUUCAACCAAAAGUUGUAAAUGUAAGACUUGAAGAACAUCAUGGCAAAAUUUCAAACAUACCGUUCAGUAUUCAACCAUCACAAUGUGUUGUUCCAGCCUAUGGUCAUGUUGUUGUAUCAGCUGUGUUUUCACCAACCUUGGGACUGUUUAACAAAACUAAUAGUAAAGAAUAUAUUUCUUAUGCUCAUGGUUACAUGUCUAUUGAUAACACAAAAUCAAAGGAUAUUCCUGAGAAGCUGAUGCGUACAGAUGGGUAUUCUGUGCUGCCACUCAAACUUCAACUGACAGCAUUAGUUAAAACCGGAUCCAUCCGGAUAGAACCUGAUGAAGAGGAAGAUGAGGAAUUAGAGGGAGAAUGUGGAAUUCAAUUCAAAAUUCCUAUCAGCGACAUGUUGAUUUUGAAAAGUAGAGUUGCAUCUGAGGCUGUUCAAUAUCGACAUUGCACUUUAAUGAAUGAUACUGAAAUGCCAAUCGACUUCAAAUUAUCAAUUACCAGACCAUUUUUCCUGUCUUCAACCAAACCAACAACUGAUAAGAAUGGAGACCGAAUUACUAAGGAACUGAGGAUUGAAGCAAGUGCCAGAAAUAGAUUGCGACCACAGGAGAAUUUGAGAGUCAAAAUAGGAUUCAAGUUAUCAUCCAUCUUGUUAGAAGCCCUGGAUUCUCUCAGAAAUGAAGAUAUUGUUCCGGGAGUUGAACUGGAAAAAGAUUCUGAUACUGGAUCAGAAAGCAUGUUAUUUAACGAUGAAUUGGAAAUCAACUUUUCAAGCGGUGCUCGACAAGUUAUGUCAGUUCGUUCCAGAGUAUAUAUACCUUCAUUGAAACUGUCUCACAAGGAGUUGAAUUUUGGAACAUGCUAUGUUGGACAAGAAAAAUGUAUUCAAAUUAAAAUAGAGAAUAUCGGCCGGUCGGAUUCAAUUUGGAACACAUUAUUAGAAGUCGGAGGUAGGACUAUCAACUCGAAUUGCUUCCGAAUGGAACCAAGUAACGGUUUUUUGGAAGGUCAACUCACACAUCUUUCAAGGAAUAAAAUGAUGCUUUCCAUAUAUUUCGUGGCUAAGUGCGAUCAGGAAUGCACUGGCGUUUUCAUCCUUCGUGGCCUACUCGGGGAGUAUAUGCAACGAAUUCUUGUCACAGGUGUGGGAUCUUACGAUGGGAAAUAUGAUAUUAGUUAAUGACAUGUCAUGAUUUUAUUUCGAGAUUUCAAAUACUUCAAUAGUCAAACAAAUUUUAUUUGUCGUUAAUAUUUUCCCAAAAAUAUAUAUUUUUAUUAUAAAUUUGACCAU